AUGGUCCGCACAGGGUCUGUGCAACCCAGGAUCAACUCCUCCUAUCUUCCACCUUCGUACGACGACCAAAGUCUGACCGAGGAUGAGGAUGGUGACAACACCUCACCACUUCUUCCCAAAGCUCCCUCAGUGCCUCUGGCUGAACUCUGCAGUCCAGAGGACUCAUACAAUCUGGUGUACCUCAUCUUCUUCCUGAUGGGCAUCGGCUCCCUGCUGCCCUGGAACUUCUUCACAACGGCGAAGCACUACUGGGACUACAAGCUUAGCAACAGCAGCGACCACAGCGGGCGGUCCGAUCUCAGUGACUACUUUGAAAGUUACCUUUCCAUUGCCUCAACUGUACCAUCAGUACUGUGCCUGGGACUCAACUACUUGCUGGUUAACAGGUGGUCUCCAAAGUUCCGAAUCCUCUCGUCUCUUGCUGUGAUGCUGAUUGUGUUCGUGCUGACCACGGUGCUGGUGAAGGUGGACGUCUCAGAACACAGGAGGGAGUUCUUCGGCGGCACACUCGCCUGUGUUGUUGUCAUCAGCGGAGCCUCCAACGUCUUCAGUGGCAGCAUGUUCGGGAUCAGUGGCUAUUUUCCAAUGAGGAUCUCUCAAGCUUUUUUAUCAGGUCAGGCCAUGGGGGGCACCCUGACUGCACUAGCAUCAAUAGUGACCCUAAGUGUGGCUCCGGACGUAACCACCAACGCUCUGGCCUACUUCCUGAUAGCUGACUUCUUCAUCCUGCUCUGCAUCAUCUGCUAUUUGCUUUUGCCUAAGUUUGCAUAUUCAAGACACCACAUGCUGGCGUCGAGCUGCGUCAGCACCGGGACGGUCAGUGAGGACCGCGGUGCUGCAGCUGGAGUCUCUCUGCUGCAGCGUAUCAUUAAUAAGCCCUGGAUGCUCUUCAUUUGUGUGUUUUACGUCUUCUUAGUCUCAAUCCUAUUGUUCCCAGCUGUCUCGUCGGGGAUCCAGUCUGUGAACAUGGACAGCGGCAGCCCCUUAACAACAACUUACUUUGUACCCCUCACCAGUUUCCUCCUGUAUAACGCGGCGGACUUCUGUGGCAGACAGGCUACGGCCUGGGUGCAGAUUCCUGGCCCCACCAGUCGCGUCCUGCCUGCUCUGGUGCUGUGUCGCACCGUGCUGGUCCCACUUUUCAUGUUCUGUAACUACCAGCCACGGGACCACCUUCAUACGGUGCUCUUCUCCAGUGAUGUGUACCCUGUGAUCUUCAACUGCCUGUUGGGUCUCUCUAACGGAUACCUGGGCUCGCUGCCAAUGAUCUACGGACCGAAGGUGGUACCCCGGGAGCAGGCUGAAGCCACUGGAGUGGCAAUGUUAUUCUUUCUUUAUCUGGGACUGGCACUUGGAUCUGUGUUUUCUGUACCUAUUGUGCACUCUAUCUGAACCGAUUAUAUAUAGAGCUUUGCUUGUUCCCUUUGUUUGGGAAGCUCAGAUUCUGUUGUUCUGCACACCAGAUUAAAAUCAAAGGGCGAUUGAGCCUACCUCUACUGCUAGGUUUAGUUGACUAUGUGGACUUUUUUUUUUUAUUGAACAAUUUGAACAUCAUCUUACAAAAACAGUCCCAAUGCCUUACCACUAAAGAUAAAAAAAAUAUUAACUGCAUAUACUUACACACAGAACCACAUAAAUAAAUAUAAAUACACACUCCUACACGUACGUAUUACACAGGUAAACCAAAAGAGGAGAGGUAGAGGAUAGAAAAUGAGCCAAUCUUCAGAGACAACACAGGUAGAAAACCCCUUAUGUACGGGCAAGCAAUGUUAUGUCAGCCAGAGAACCAAUAAGAGCGUCCCAGGCCUGCACAGUAGAUAUUCGCGCUUUGUGCAGGACAGCCAAUGGCCUUACUAAAAUAGCAGUGUCCCUAAAGUGAUUUAUCCAUUCUUUUGCUGAUGGAAUGUCUGGGUAAAACCAUGGAUGUAUUAUAGUCUUCUUAGCGGGUGUUGGUCCUGAAAAAAUAAUUUUCCUCUGAGACAAUCUGGUAUUGCCACUAAGAAAGGGAUCAUCAUUUAAUAGAAGCAGGGGGAAAUGCAUAGGAAUGGGAAAUCCUAAAAUACUUUCAAAGCCACAAUGUACUUUGGACCAAAGGCCAUACACAGGGUGACACACCCAGAAAAUAUGAAGAUAUGUGCCAACAAUGUUUUUGUACAGUGGGGAUCAUCUGUCAGUUUCAU